CGUCAUUUCCGUGCGCCCGGCCUCCCUGACAGUGAAGAAGGAGAAAUGGCUGCAAGGUUACUGCUCCGCUCCGCCGUUAGAGCCGCGGCAGCCUGCCGCUCUGCCCGGACCCCCGCUCUGAGCCGCGGCAUGGCGGCAGGAGGGAUUCCCACUGAUGAGGAGCAGGCCACCGGGCUGGAAAAGGUCAUCAUGAAGGCCAUGAAACAGGGCGAGGACCCUUACAACAUGAUGAAGCCAAAGCACUAUGCAGGCUCCAAGGCCGACCCCCACCUGGUUCCCUCCAUCACGAACAAGAGGAUUGUGGGAUGCGUGUGUGAGGAGGACAACACGGCCGUGGUCUGGUUCUGGCUCCACGAGGGUGAGGCCCAGCGCUGCCCAUCCUGCGGUGCCCACUACAAGCUGGUUCCCCACGAACUCCCCCAUUGACUCACCACCACCACCUCCUUCUGCGGAGCAAGCGGCACUGUCCGCUUCUCGCCGUCUCCUACUUGACGUACCUGCUGACCUCAUCAGUCAUUGCUUACACGUUA